UCAGAAUAUAACGGAGACGAGUUUUUUGACUGCUGGCGGAACGUUUACUUCGUUUCAUAAUCAAUAAUUCCUGUGCUGGCAGCUGCAAAACAACAAAACAGCUGGCGAACAAAAAUAUAUCAAAAUCCAAAUGUCAAAGUCGGUAUAAAAACAAUUACGAAAAAUCCCGAGAGCAAUAGAGGAAGUGGCGCAGCGCAGCGACCAAACACAGUGCCUGCGGAAAUUGAGAGCUGAGAGCUCCCUCGAAAAAAACGAAAUAAGCGAAAGCAAAUCAAGACCAGCGGCGGCGGCUAUCACUCUCUAUCCGCUCGUGGCUAUUAAUUAGCAAUAGAAAGUGCUUCCCCCGGAGGUCAACGAGAUGGAGGAGACCGCCGCUCCGCCUGCUGCUGCGGGCUGCGAUGCUGCAGCGCGUCAAAAAAUCGCCGCCACAACGGAGGCGCCCAGUGCCUCCUCCAGUGUCCGACUCUUGAUCAAAUCGUCCAAUCAGCAGUAUGACGACCUCAAUGUGGAGAGCGAUCUCGGCUGGACGGUGCAGCGCCUGAAGAAGCAACUCUCGCUGGUCUAUCCUGGAAAACCGGAAAUACACGAUCAAAAACUGAUUUACUCUGGCAAGCUACUCGACGACACUCAAAAGAUAUCGGAGGUUAUAAGGAGCUACAAGGAUGUCUAUCAGCAGCAUCAUAUCUUCCAUUUGGUGUGUGCCAGCAAGAAUAUACCCAAGCCGCCAGUUAAGCUAGCUCCGACCAAGGAGCACACAGUGCCACCACAGUCACUGGACAACACCAAUGAGCUUCGAAGGCGUCAGGCCGCCGUAAAUCAACACCAGCAGCAGCAGCAGCAGCAGGCACAGCAGGCAGUCAAUGUCAAUCCCUGGACGCAGUACUGGCAGCACAGCAUGGCCACGGCUGCCUCCAGUGGUAGCCCAAUGGCCGCUGCCACUGCCAGUGCCCAUCAUCCCCAAGCCCUGCUCCAACAGCAGGCGAUAAUGUACAAUGCUUGGAUGCAGCAGGUCUAUGCCCAGUAUAUGCAGGAGUUGGCUUUACGCUCUUCCUUGCCCGGUUCAAGUAACGCCGCUACGCCAAUUUUACCACAACCACCCUCGUUGCUGGCACAGCCUCUCUUUGCUCAAUUUGCGCGGAUUCCAAACCUGGCCGAGACCCAAGCAGCUGCACAAGCGGCUGCACCGGCUCCAGCUGCUCCACCAGCUCCUCCAGCAGAGGUGGCAGCUGCCCCGCUCGCUAGACCCAAUUUCCCCCACAUUCAGGAGGAGCCUGAGAUGCGCGACUGGCUGGAUAGCUUCUUUAGCUUCACGCGCCUGGCCAUAUUUGUGACAGUGCUUUACUUUAACUCCUCGCCGCUGCGCUGCAUGCUGGUGGUGCUAAUUGCGGGGGCCAUUUAUCUCUAUCACAUUGGCAUCUUACGUGUGCGACGCGAGCGUAAUAAUAACAAUAUUAAUCGUAACAAUAAUGCUGGCGAUGCUGCUGCCGCCUUUGCUGCCGUGCAGCAAAUCCAACGGAUGAUGGAUGCGGCUGUGGAGCGCGAGAACAAUGAUCCACAGGCGGCCAAUGAGCCGGGUGUUGUGCCAGCAGCAGCAGCAGCAGCCGAGGGAGCAGCUCCUGCUGGGCAGGAUGCACCCGAUGCUGCUCUUCCGGCAACCGCAACAGCUGCCAAUUCCGAUGCAGCUGCUGCCGAUGUGUCUGCCGAAGCCAUGGCCGUGGCUGUGGAACCACCAAAUGCCAAUAACUCUGUGAUUUCCGUUGUGCGCACCUUUGUCAUCACCUUCUUCACAUCGCUGCUGCCCGAGGCGCCAGCGCUGUAGAGAAUUAAGAUGUGGAUCCAGCUUUCCUCCCCUUUUUUCGUAAUCAAAAAAACAAAAACGAAUUGUUAUUCCUUUUUUAUUUUCGACUUUUGUGCUUUACCUGAAAAAUUUAAGGCAACAAUGCAAUUAUUGUUUUAUAUUUAUUUUUUUCCAAGUAGUUUGUAGACUUUAGCCAACUAAGAAAACAAAAAAACUGUUAUAGUAAAAUGAUGAUGAUGAUGUGAAACGACGAUGAAACUAUGAAACCAAGAUGCAAUUACAAAAAUAAAACUUAUGCUUUAACACAGAAAAA